AUAUUUGACAUAAACCAAACCGUUCUCAUCGUCUGUGUAAAAAAAAGUGAAAAUACGGAUUAUUUUCACAUAUGAAUUUAUUUUAAUUAAACCAAAUGUGCGUGCAUUAAUUUUUCUAGCGCAAAUAAUUAAAACAAACUAAAUACACACAAUAUAUAUAAUAAGUAAAUUAGAACUAUCGCCAACGUAUUGUAGUUAAAAUAAAAUGGGUGGUGUAUUAAGUUACUUUCGCGGCCUGCUCGGUUCACGCGAAAUGCGCAUACUGAUAUUAGGGCUGGAUGGUGCUGGUAAAACGACAAUACUGUAUCGUCUGCAAGUCGGUGAGGUGGUCACAACAAUACCGACUAUUGGUUUCAAUGUCGAACAGGUUACGUACAAGAAUUUAAAAUUCCAAGUAUGGGAUUUGGGUGGACAGACAAGUAUAAGACCGUAUUGGCGUUGUUACUAUAGUAAUACAGAUGCUAUUAUCUAUGUAGUGGAUUCUGCAGAUCGUGAUCGGAUAGGCAUAUCUAAAGAUGAGCUGCUAUACAUGUUGCGGGAAGAGGAACUUGCCGGCGCCAUACUUGUUGUGCUCGCCAACAAACAGGAUAUGGAAGGUUGUAUGACAGUGGCGGAAGUGCAUCAUGCGCUCGGUUUGGAAAAUUUAAAAAAUCGUACUUUCCAAAUAUUCAAAACAUCAGCGACCAAAGGUGAAGGUUUAGAUCAAGCGAUGGAUUGGCUUUCCAACACAUUGCAAAGUCGUAAAUAGUGCAACUAGAAAUAUAGAAAAAAAAAACUCCUUGUCCCAUACCAACUGUACCCAAAAAAAAGUUCUUUAAACUAUUAUUUGUUCUUAAUUUUAAGUAAUUACUAUAUGCAUUUUAUAUACUUACAUAUAAAAAAAACAUAAAUGAAAUCAAGUAAAUUGUUGGUAGCCAGCACAUAAGGCAAUUGCAAGUGUAUAUUAAUAAGAAAACGUAUUGAUAAAAAAAAACACUACUAUGAUGUGACUUCACCACGGCGCACCCACACACAACAUAAACAAUUAAGAAAAUAUUAAUUAAAAAAAAAAAAAUUAAAAAGUAAUUUGUGAAACAAACUAUUACACUAAAGUAAUUAAAGUCAAAAACAGUUGUAUUUAAUAACGGUGUCAAAGAAAUUUGAAAUCGAAAUUUUCUACUGUUGCGUUAAUAACCGAAUAUAUCAAUAAUCAGCAAUUAAUUUUCUAGUUCGGUUCGGAUAAAACAUGAAUUAAUAUUAAAAGUCUUAAAAAUAGGGUGGCGCUGCGCUUUCACUACCAACGCGCAUUGUAGUAUUUUUUUUUUAGUUUUUAGUCAACGAUUGGCGCGGUAUCUUUGUAAAAAAAAACAAUAUAGCAUUAAUAAAAACGAUAAAAAUAUAAA